AUCCGCGGGAGGAUCAGGUCAGGUCAUGAGGUGUUGGUUCCUCCUCAUCCUUGUCUCCUACUCGUCACUGUCAUCUUGACCUCUCACCUACUCAUCCACCGCACACCAUGUCGUCCAUCGAGGAACACAAGGGCGAUCGCGAGACGCACGGCACCUGGGACUACCCUGACCCGCUCCACGAAAUCGAUCGCGACGAAUGGGAUGUCGUGAUCGUCGGCGCUGGCCCUGCCGGGCUCAUGCUGGCCUCUUCUCUUGCGCGCUUCGGCGGCCACUCGAUUCUGGUCAUCGACGAGCGCUCAGAGCCUACUGUAGCGGGUAGGGCGGACGGCAUACAGCCACGCACCAUCGAGGUGCUGCGCAACAUGGAGCCGCUGGGCAGCGAGUUCGUCGCUCGUUCUGCUGCUUCAUUCGAGCGGACUUUUUGGAACGCAAAGGCGGAUGGGUCCCGUGGGAUCCAACGCUCUAAGCGUGUCCAGUCCUUCCCGUACAGCAUGGAGAUCCAGGACGGCUGCACACUCGGACUGCAGCAGGGGAUCAUCGAGGGCGGCUUCCUACGAGACAUGGAACGGCACGGCCAGCGAGUACAUCGUCCCUGGGCCUUUCGCGACUUUGUCAUGGAGGGCAAGGGUAGCGAACAUCCCGUUGUGGUCACCCUCGAAAAGAUGCAGCCUGUCAAGGAGACGACCAACGAGGGCGGUGCACCUAUUUCGGUCGUCAAGCCCACCGGUGUGACCAAGACGAUCCGCACCAAGUACCUCGUGGGCUGCGACGGCGGACGCUCGGGCGUACGUCGCAAGCUUGAGGAGGAGCACGGCUUUGAGAUGAAGGGCGACUGGGUCGACACGCUAUGGGCCGCCCUGGACUGUGUAGUCGAGACGGACUUCCCCGACGUACGCAAGAUUGCCACGAUCCACUCCAAAUCCCACGGAGCCCUCUACAUCUUUCCCCGCGAGACGAACGACAAGGGAGAGCCCAUCAUUCGGUGCUACACGCAGGUGAAUCGAUUGGGAGGGCAGAAGCACGCGGGGGACGUGAGGGAUAUGAGGGAGAAGGUGAGCGCUGAAAUGGUCAUGAAGGCGAUCAAUGAGAUUGCGCAUCCUUAUCAUUUCGACUUCAAGACGGUGGAGUGGUUCACCUGCUACCCGAUUGGCCAGCGGCUCGUCUCCCGCUACUCUCUCCCUGCCGGCACAUCCUCAUCUGGCGUCGCCUUCGAUGCGCACCGCGUCUUCCUCGCAGGCGACGCCUGCCACACCCAUUCACCCAAGGCGGGUCAAGGCAUGAACACGGCCAUCAUCGACGCCCAAGCCCUCGCAUGGCGCAUCAACCUCUGCUCAAAGGGUCUCGCCGACCGCGAAACCCUCCUCUCCACCUACCACUCUGAGCGCCACCACACAGGCCAACAGCUAAUCGACUUUGACGCAGAGUAUUCUGCCCUCUUCUCUGGAGAGAUCCCGCGAAGCCACCCGGAGCUCAAGGGGGCUAGCGAGGAGAAGUUGCAAGAGGUCUUUUUCGCUGCGCAGAGGAAGAACGCCGGGUUCACGACGGGUGUCGGCGUUACGUACGACGAGAAUGUGCUCAACCACGUCGCCAAGACGGGUGCUGUCACGGCCAAGCUGGAGGCGGGGAGACGUCUGACGCCUGCGUGGGCUACGCGCUUCGUCUCUAGCACGCCGGUACGAAUCGCGCAGGAGGUGCAAUUCACCGCGCCUGGCGGGUUCAGGCUGUACGUCUGUGGUGGUGACCCUCGUCACACGGGACAGCGCCUUCAGUCAUUCGCACGCUACCUCGCCGCGGAUUCGCGUUCGUUCAUCAACCGAUUCCGCCCUCAACGUGGAGCGGGUGCAUCGCUUAGGCACGGCUGCUAUCACCAGCGUCCACCUGCACUCAACACCGGGCUCAAGGGGCUCGACGUCGAUGCGAAUCCGUACUUCCAUCUUCUCCUCGUGCUGAAAGCGAACCGCUUUGCAUUCGAGCUCAAGGACGUUGCCGGGUUGAGCCCACUGACGUCGUGGCUCUACGUCGACGACGUGGAAGCCGGUGGGGACCGCCUCGGAGAGGAGGACGGCGACGAGAGUGUGGGUGGCUUGCACAAGAAGUGGGGCAUCGACUCGACCGAGGGAGCCGUCGUGGUGUGCAGGCCAGACGGCUAUGUUGGUGUCGUGGCGCAGUUGGGCGAUUACGAGACGUUGGAGAAGUACUUUGAUGGAUUUCUCGCAUCGACGAUGAGCAGGCCGGUGAGCGACUCAGAUGCGGCUAGUUUGCUGGUGUCCACCUCUUCACGACUAUAAUCGCGCUAGCUCGAGCUCGUCUCCAUAUUGUAUUCUCCUCACGACGCCGAUUCUAUCGAAUACCGCUCUUCCCUGCCCUGCCAAUCGCUGCCGCUGCUGCCGCGCCGGCUUCCGCCCUCGCUUUAGCCUGUCAUCCUAGUCGAUCCCAUUCAAUCAUGUCUCUCUGCCCCAAUCAAUCGAGAUCAAUCAUCAAGCAAUCAUCGAC